GGACCGCCUCUCGCUCUUCAUCCAAUCAGAGGCAGGGGCAUGGCUUUGUGCAUUCCAGCUUGUGUGUGUGAGUGUUUGCUGUGUAGUUCUGAGUGCAGGAAGUGAAGAGUCACAGCAAGUGGCACAGCGACAUCUCACAGAGAGGGGCAGAUCGGGUUACUACGUGCUGAGGCAAAUGGAGAACUGAAACUCCCAUCUAGACUCCCGGUUUUAGGGCCAUAUCUCUACCAGUUAUGAGGAGCAGGAGUAAUUCUGGUGUUCGUCUGGAUAGAUAUGCCAAGCUUGUCCAGCAAACCAUCCUCGGCCACCAGAAUCCAGUGACGGGUCUGUUGCCAGCCAGCUCUGAUCAGAAGGAUGCCUGGGUACGUGACAACGUGUACACAGUUCUGGCCGUGUGGGGGCUUGGGCUCGCCUAUCGGAAAAAUGCUGACCGAGAUGAAGAUAAAGCAAAGGCAUAUGAGCUGGAACAGAAUGUGGUCAAGCUGAUGAGAGGCCUACUUCAAUGUAUGAUGAGACAGGUUCCCAAGGUGGAAGAGUUUAAAUAUAGCCAGAGUACCAAGGAUACCCUACAUGCUAAAUAUAACCCCAACACCUGCUCCACUGUGGUGGGCGAUGACCAGUGGGGUCACUUACAGCUUGAUGCCACUUCCAUAUACCUGCUGUUCCUGGCACAGAUGACAGCAUCAGGCCUGCACAUAAUCUACAAUCUGGAUGAAGUCUAUUUUAUACAGAACCUGGUCUUUUAUAUUGAAGCAGCAUACAAAACAGCGGAUUUCGGAAUGUGGGAACGAGGUGACAAAACCAACCAGGGCAUCACUGAGUUGAAUGCUAGCUCCGUGGGCAUGGCCAAGGCUGCCCUUGAGGCUUUAGAUGAGCUGAAUUUGUUUGGUGCUAAGGGAGGUCCCCAGUCUGUCAUUCAUGUUCUGUCUGAUGAAAUCCAGCACUGCCAGUCCAUCCUACACUCCAUGCUUCCAAGAGCUUCCACCUCUAAGGAGAUAGAUGCAGGAGUUUUGUCUGUUAUUUCAUUCCCUGCCUUUGCUGUGGAGGACAGUCAUCUAGUGCGGAUCACCAAACAAGAGAUUAUUGACAAGUUACAGGGUCGUUACGGGUGCUGCAGGUUCCUUCGAGAUGGAUACAAGACUCCAAAAGAGGAUCCCGGCAGACUAUAUUAUGAGCCUGCAGAAUUGAAGCUGUUUGAAAACAUUGAGUGCGAGUGGCCGUUAUUCUGGACCUAUUUUAUUCUGGAUGGGAUAUUCAGUGGCAACCAUGAGCAGGUUCAAGAAUACAAGCAAGCCCUUGAUGAGGUCUUAAUUAAAGGAAAGUCUGGCGUGAGGCUGGUCCCAGAGCUGUACAGUGUCCCAGAGGACAAAGUGGACAUAGAAUAUGAACAACCCCACACAGUAGAUCGCAUUCCAUUGGGGAAGCUGCCUCACAUGUGGGGACAAUCUUUGUAUAUUCUGGGAUGUCUAAUGUCUGAGGGGUUCCUGGCUCCUGGGGAGAUUGACCCUUUGAACAGGAGAUUCUCUACGGUCCCUAAACCAGAUGUGGUUGUCCAAGUGUGCAUCCUAGCAGAAACUGAUGAGAUUCAAGUUCUACUGAAGAAACAUGGGAUUGAAGCAGAGACAGUAGCUGGAGUGUACCCAAUCCGAGUGCAGCCGGCCAGGAUUCUGAGUCACAUAUAUGCACGGCUUGGUCGUAACCGGAAAAUGAAUCUCAGUGGAAGACCCUACAGGAAUAUGGGUGUUCUGGGAACCUCAAAACUCUACACCAUUCGCCAGAACAUCUUUGCCUUCACCCCACAGUUCAUAGAUCAGCAGCAGUUCUACUUGGCCUUGGAUAACCGGAUGAUUGUGGAGAUGUUGCGCACUGACCUGUCCUACCUGUGCAGUCGCUGGAGAAUGACGGGCCGCCCAACCAUCACCUUCCCAAUCUCUCACACUAUGCUAGAUGACACUGGUAAUGACCUUGACCCAGUUGUCCUUGCCACCAUCAGAAAACUACAGGAUGGAUAUUUUGGAGGUGCCAGGACCCAGACCGGCUGCCUGUCGAACUUCUUAACUACCUCUUGCUGCAAACACCUGAGCUUCAUGGAUGCUGGUGUGGAGGGUAAGCUGAGCACCUGGGGGAAUGUCUUCCGUGGGGGCCAGCCAAUCAUUGUGCGGGAGCCGGAUGAGGCCCCAUCAGCCGAUGAUGAGGAUGUGGAUGAUGAGGUGGCGCAAUAUCUCAAUCAGCUACUUGGCAUGACCUCCCCCAAACCAAGUCCUACAUCUCAGCGAGGGGGUCGGAAUCGAUUUAAAGCUGCCAUUCACAGCGCAAAAGAUCUUUUGUCUCUGCGCAGCAAAGCCAUGAAUCUUAACGUGCAAGACGUGCAGAUGUAUCUCCCAACAAAACUGUUCCUGGCAUCGCAGCCCUCUUUUGAUUUGCUGGAAUCGACUUCCAGCUACCAGGCUUCAGGAAGGUUCUCCUCCAGCCAAGACUUCAGUUCCCACAGUGCCUUGGAUGCUACUUCACAGAUCCCAACAAUCAAUGCAGAGCUUCAUCUUCCUAAGGACUCAGCAGGGCAGGUGGAUUAUGCAGCAAUGGUGGAUCACUUACGGGAAACUAGCAAUGUGCAAGAUCAAGCCGACAUCUUGUACCUGCUCUACACCAUGAAAGGGGCAGACUGGGACACUAAAAUAUAUGGGCAGCCAGGUGUGACUGUUAAGGAUCUUCUUAAGGAUCUGUAUGGUAAAAUGGGAUCCACGCGGCAAUGGGCGCUGAUCCGAGGCAUUUCUGGGAUACUGAAAAAGAAAGUGGAGGCACUGGAUGAGGCCUGCACAGACCUUCUUUCCCAUCAGAAGCAACUAACCGUAGGCAUGCCUCCUGAGCCACGAGAAAUAACCAUAACAGCGCCUCUACCAUAUGAAAAACUCAUCCGUCUCAUUGAUGAAGCCAGUGAGCAAAAUAUGACCAUAUCCAUCCUGACUCAGGAAAUCAUGGUGUAUCUGGCAAUGUACAUGAGGACUCAGCCAUCUUUGUUUGCUGAGAUGUUCCGACUGCGCAUUGGACUCAUUAUACAGGUCAUGGCAACAGAACUCUCCAAUUCACUCCGUUGCUCUGCUGAGGAAGCCACUGAAAGCCUUAUGAACCUCAGUCCAUCUGACAUGAAGAACCUUCUGCAUCAUAUACUGAGCGGCAAGGAGUUUGGGGUGGAAAAGAGUGUACGAUCCGGAGAAUCUUGGGUCAGUCCAGCCAUUUCUAUUCAUGAACUCGGAGCUGUGGGUGCCACAAAGAGUGAAAGAGCAGGUAUAACUCGACUAAAGAGCGAGAUCAAGCUGCUGGAUAAACGUAGGCUGUCUCUGGCUGCAGAAGGCCAGGACAUGGAUCUGUCUUCAGGAAUGUCACUGAAACCUGGGGACUCUCUCUCUGUGUCUGGUGAGCUCUCUACUUCCACCAUAUCCGACAGUGAUGGUGUCUACGACAGCCGGCAGGGCCAGUGGCUUCGCAGGAGGCGCCUCGAUGGAGCACUAAACAGAGUGCCUGUCGGCUUCUACCAGAAAGUUUGGCUAAUCCUGCAAAAGUGCCAUGGAUUGUCUGUGGAAGGUUUUGUUUUACCAUCAUCCAGCACCCGUGAGAUGACGCCGGGUGAGCUGAAGUUUUCUGCCCAUGUGGAAUCUGUUUUGAAUCGUGUGCCCCAACCAGAGUACCGCCAGCUCCUAGUGGAAGCUAUUUUGGUGCUGACCAUGCUUGCUGAUGUAGAUAUCCAGAGCGUUGGGGGAAUCAUCCACAUAGAAAAGAUUGUGCAGAUUGCAAAUGAAUUGUUCCGUCAGGAGCAGAAGGUGCUUGGUGCAGAUGACACCAUGCUGGAAGUCGACCCAGUGACUGGAAUCUGCCAUUUGCUCUACGACAGUGCCCCCAGUGGACGUUUUGGGACAAUGACUUAUCUCUCUAAAUCAGUAGCCAUCACCCUGCAGGAGUCCUUACCCCACAGUGGAUGUUCCAUGCAGUGACAUAUACAGUGUGUAUGUAGUAAAGCUGCUGGGAUCCUGAGAGUCACCAUGAACGGCUUUGCUCACCUUGUUCCGCCUUGGCAUUAAAUGCUGCUUCCGGUCAUUUUCUGCUGUUCUGUAACCAAAGUAAUGGGGGAAACAUGCAAAUGUCAGCACUAGUCUCUCAGUCCAGUCACAAGCAGUGCUUUUAAACAAACAGACACAUGAAAUAAAUCGAAUUUAUCAAGGAGCAUUGGGCCAACUUCUUCCGGUGGAAGAAUGGCAUCUAUUAAGGAAGCAGUUUGGGCGUAGAAGGUUCCCUUGGUAGUUCUUAAAAAU